AUGAGCUUACUGUAUGCAGCCAUUUAUCAAUUCCCAGGCGAUCCCUUGAACGUAGGUAAGGAAACAGGAGCCUUACUGAUCGGAGAAGGACCACAUUCGAGCGAAUUGAGUUCGGUCGUUUCUAAAAAACUCCUUCCGUUAUGCUUGUAUUCCUCAUCCUCGGAUUUCGGCUCGGAUCAGAAAAAAACUAUUUCACAUGGUCCCAUCCAGUUUAUGUAUGUUGUGAGUAGGAAAAUCAUCUAUGUGGUUGCUGCAGAGAAAUCCGUGAAACAGCGUAUUCUUUCCCAAUUCUUACAAGUAUUUGAGGAAAAGUAUUCAUGUAUUUCCGAUCGAAAAAUUGCGAUUCAAAAAUUCAUCAUGGCUUGCCUCAAGCAAUACAAUGAUGAUCCUUCAGGAAUGGACAAGAUCGCUCAAUUGGAAGAUAAAGUGGAAACCAUCAAAGAUUCCAUGAUGGAAAAUAUUGACAAGGUGCUGAAAAGGGGAGAACGGCUUGAAAAGCUUCAUGGAGAUGCCGACGACUUGGAAGAUAUCUCUGCUGAAUUUAAAAAGGAUACAAGAAGUGUCAAACGAAGAACCAUUGCCAAUAGUUGUAUUGUACUAUAA